AUGGAGAACUUGGGACUGCAGACAAUGACAGCUUUUGUUCAGCAAGAUGCCCAUGAAGAAAAGUUAAUUGAAGGACAAAUGAUUGAACUUGAGGAUGGAUCCACAGCUUUUAUCCAACAAGUAAACUUGCCCAGAGAGUCUAUCACAUUUGAAGAUGGUCAACCAAUUGCACUGGAAGAUGGCACCAUGGCUUUUAUACACCAUGUACCCAAAGAGGGUUAUGACCCCAACACCCUGGAAGCGAUUCAGCUGGAAGAUGGAUCCACAGCCUUUAUACACCGUCCUGUUUCCUUGCCAAGCAGCACCAUUCUGGCAGUGCAAGCAGAUGUGCGGCUGGAGGGAUUGGCUGUGGAAGAGAAAAAUGUUGCCUUUGAUCUUGAUACCAUUACUGUCCUCAAGGAGUAUGCCAGUCAGGGCUUUCGGGAGGAAGAAGUGCAGACCAAUGGGAAGGGACCACUGGUUGCCAGCAGAGGCUAUCAUUGUGGGCACAAAGGCUGUGGCCGCCUCUAUAGCACAGCUCACCAUUUGAGGGUUCAUGAGCGAGUUCAUACAGGUAUUCGGCCAUACAGAUGUGACUUCUUAAGUUGUGGGAAAGCCUUUGCUACAGAUAAUUUUUACAGCCUGAAAAAUCAUGUGAGAAUCCAUACAGGUGAGAAGCCAUACAAAUGCCCAGAGGAUGUAUGCAACAAAGCCUUCAAGACUUCUGGGGACCUGCAAAAACAUAUCCGGAUACACACAGGUGAGCGUCCCUUCAGCUGCCCUUUUGAAGGCUGUGGCCGCUCUUUCACCACCUCCAAUAUACGCAAGGUCCACAUCAGGACACACACUGGUGAGCGGCCAUAUGUGUGUCCAGAGCCCAAAUGUGGGAGAGGGUUCACUAGUGCCACCAACUACAAGAACCACAUGAGGAUCCAUACAGGAGAGAAGCCGUAUGCAUGCAUGGUACUGUGCUGUGGAAAACGCUUCACGGAAUAUUCUAGCCUCUACAAACAUCAUGUGGUUCACACACAUUGCAAGCCAUACACUUGCAGUACUUGUGGCAAAACCUACCGGCAGACCUCUACAUUGGCCAUGCACAAGCGCACUGCACAUGGGGAACUGGAAGCUACAGAGGAGAGUGUUACAGAUACUGCUGUUAAGAAUCCAUUGACAUUUCAACAUGUGACGCUUGUGAAGCUGAAAACUGAAGAGGAUGAAGAUCGCAAGCCUGUAGCACUGGAGGUUGUGUCUCAAGAUGGAACAGAGCAGGUCACCCCGUCCUACAAAGACCCACAGGCAUUUGGCAGUGGUAUCACCAUGGUAACAGAAGCUGGCACCAUGCCCCAGGAAGAGAUUUCAGGAGUGGGCGCAAACUCUCUGGAAGAACAGCAAAGUCUGGGAGAUGCUGUCAGCAUGGCAGCUACUGCAACUCAACAGGAGUCCAUCACACUUAUGACAGCCACAUCAAACAGUGGAUGCUGA